AUGGAACUAGUUAUAGAAUUAUCAAGAUCAAAAUUGCAAAAUAUCACAUUUACCCCUCUUUUAGUAAUAGCGACAGAACGUUCAUCAAUUGUAUUUAUAGAUAUUUAUAUUUGGGAGAAAAAAAAAAAAACUAUGAAGAAUAGAAUAGUAUCAUCUCUAUUCUUAUUAUUUUUAAUAGGAAGUUCGCUUGCUACCAAUCAAGCAUAUUAUGGAUCUUAUGAAUUACCAUUGGAAAUCACAAUUAGAGGACCAUUGGAAGCAUCACAUGAAACAAAUGGAUUUGUAGUUUUAUCAAGACCACAUUUAACCAGAUCAGUAUUAUCUGGUAAAGUAAAUCAACCAAUGACUGGUGACUUGUUCCAAAUCAAUACUCAAAUCAUUGUUGGAAACACUACAUUCCUCGUCCAAGUCGAUACUGGGUCACUUUUAAUGGCCAUUCCAUUGGAAGGAUGUAACACUUGUGUUGAAAGUCGUCCAGUCUAUCACCCAUCUUCAACCUCUACCAAGGUUGCGUGUAGCUCUGACCAAUGCAAGGGCUCAGGUAGUACUCCACCAUCCUGCAGUCGUACCUCUUCUGGUGAAUCAUGUGAUUUCCAAAUCCGUUAUGGUGACGGUUCCCACGUUUCUGGUUACAUCUACGAAGAUGUUGUCAAUCUUGCCGGUCUCCAAGGAAAAGCAAACUUUGGUGCCAACGAUGAAGAAACUGGUGAUUUUGAAUAUCCAAGAGCUGAUGGUAUCAUUGGUUUUGGUAGAACUUGCUCAUCAUGUGUUCCAACAGUUUGGGAUUCAUUGGUUAGUGAUUUAGGUCUCAAGAAUCAAUUUGGUAUGUUGUUGAAUUAUGAAGGUGGAGGUUCAUUGUCUUUGGGUGAAAUCAACACUAGUUACUACACUGGUGACAUUAGAUACACUCCAUUGGUCCAAAAGAACACCCCAUUCUACAGUGUCAAAUCCACUGGUAUUCGUAUCAACGACUACACCAUCCCGGGUAGCAAGUUGGGUCAAGAAGUUAUCGUCGACAGUGGUAGCACUGCUCUUUCAUUGGCUUCAGGUGCUUACGAUCAAUUAAGAAACUACUUCCAAACUCACUAUUGUUCCAUUCAAGGUGUUUGUGAAAAUCCUAAUAUUUUCCAAGGUUCAAUUUGUUAUAGUUCAGAUGAUGUUUUAUCGAAAUUCCCAACAUUGUAUUUCACCUUUGACGGUGGAGUUCAAGUUGCCAUCCCACCAAAGAAUUAUUUGGUCAAGGCCCCACUUACCAAUGGCAAAUAUGGUUACUGUUUCAUGAUUGAACGUGCCGAUUCUACCAUGACAAUCCUUGGUGACGUUUUUAUGCGUGGAUAUUACACGGUGUUUGACAAUGUCAACGAUCGUGUAGGUUUCGCGGUUGGAGCCAAUAUGUCGACAACUAGUUCGGUAGGUUUUGAUCCAGCUGGAGGUGUCAACGACUCUAAUGGCUCGAAUCAAUUAUCCCCCUCCCUUUUCCUCUUCUUUAUCAUCUCUUCUGUCAUUUCCUGUAUAUUUUUAUAA